UCAAAACCUCACUUUAAAUUUUUUGUUUUAUACAGACUCUAAUAAUAUUACAAAAAUGUUUUUGGUCGUACCAAAUCUUGUUUAGUAAUUGCCGUCAGGUGCAACAAAUUUCCACCAUCUCCAUCUCCAACAAAUUGCCGUCAUAUACUUUUUUUUUUUGGGUAUAUGUUUGGUGUUUAGAGCACAUCAUCCCCCAUACUUGAUACUUGAUACUUGCACUACCCACCCCCUUCCCAUCAGAUCAGCGCUCUCGAGAAAUCUCAUCGCUGCUUGCCUCGUCAUCAAGGAGAGAGAGACUUCCCUAGGGAUCCGGAAGAUCCAUUGCGAUCUGAGUUUUUACUAAUUCACUAGCAUCGGAUCCCGAGGAGUCAAGUCUGCUCCUCGAAAACGUCGUCGUCCUUCCUAUUUUGCCCCCUUUCGUUCUCUCCCUUAUGAGUUGAGCACACUAUGAUCAGAUCGUCGUCGAACUUGCACGCUUAGGCUUCGAUUUUCCCCGGCUGCUCUAAGAUUUUGUCACAGCAACCAUGAACGUGCCGCUGUUGGAUAUUCAACCACGAACGUUGAAGUUUGUAGUUGAUCUGAAGAAGCAGAGUACCUGCGUGGUACAGCUUACCAAUACAACCAAUCUUUUUGUUGCAUUUAAGGUCAAAACUACAUCACCAAAGAAGUACUGUGUUCGUCCAAAUGUUGGCGUUGUUGCACCAAAAUCAUCCUGUGAAUUCUCUGUCAUUAUGCAAGCUUUCAAAGAACCACCUCCGGAUAUGGUUUGCAAAGACAAAUUCUUAAUCCAGAGUACUGCUGUGCCUGAGGAAACAACUGAUGAAGACAUCACAGCUAGCAUGUUCUCCAAAGCGGAAGGCAAACACAUAGAGGAAAACAAACUGAGAGUAACUCUCGUGUUACCGUCGGACUCACCUGAACUAUCUCCAGUUAAAGGAACACUGAAUCAGGAAGCAGUAUUUGAAGAUUCCAUCCUCAAGGAUCGAGUAUAUGGUCAAUCAGAGACCCUUCGUCCUCCACAAUAUGAGAGUGAGAUUGUCAAGGAGCCUAGGAUGGUUGGACAUGAUGAGUUAAAGGCACCCUAUGAUGCAAAGGAGGCUAAUGACUUGAAGGCAACCAAAGGCGGCUACGCUACAUCAAACUUGGAAAAAGAAGCUGAAUUUGAUCCUAUUAAGUCUCACAAGGAUGCAGAUGAUGGAAGGGGGAUAAAGUCAACACAUAAUUUGGAUACUCCCACAAAAAUGGCCAUGGAUCUGGAUCAAGUUUUUCCUAAUGGAAAAACUUCGGCCAACAGUGUGACUUAUUCUGAUGAACCAAAGAUACCGAGGAACAGAGACGUUGUCCACAUGCAGCAAACUGACGCUCAGAAUAUCAAAGCAUUGGAGGAGUCAAAGUUGGUUAAAGACAUUGAGGGGAUGAAGCUAAAAGUCAAUGCUCUUGAAUCCAAGCUAAAGCAGGCUGAUUCAACCAUUUCGAAGCUAAUGGAGGAGCGGUCUAUAAGCUUCCAACAUAGAGAAAGCUUGCAACAAGAGCUGGCGGAACUGAGGACGAAGAAGAUAGUGAAAGAAGUGCACAUUGGAUUCCCUCUGCUAUAUGUUUGCGUGGUGGCAUUCAUUAGCAUUGUUAUCGGGUAUUGUCUGCGCACUUGACUGCUCGGCCUUUCUCUCUCGGUCACACAUAUCUUUUAUAUCUCUUAGCAAGUGUGCAGUCAGAAAAUAUAGACAAAGGAGUGAAAUUAAGGAGUUGUCUCGUUUUGGUACUCUUUUGUGGGAGAGAGUAUGAUAAUGGUUCUCUCCAGAUACUUUUAAGAUGGAUUAUUAUAUAGACUGUAUAGAGUUGGGUGUUAGUUGAUGAUACAAAGGGACAUAUGGUUUGUUGAUGGUAUGCUUGGUUUCUUCUUUGCUCUUUUACUAGCUAAUUGAAGCAGCUUGUUUGGAUU